ACCCCCGGGGAAGGAGGAUAAAACCCGGCGCUGGAGCUGCACAGCGCUCACACGCGCCGCCGCUUGCCCAGGGGCCGAUCCCCGGGCCCCGCGCUGCCGCGUCUGAGCGCCGCCUCCUCGCCGGCGGCAGCGGGAAGGGGCCGGGAGCCUUGUUAAGUUCCGCGGAGCUCCGAUCACAAGGCGGGGGGGAGGGAAUCGUGGGGGUCGCCUGCUGCAGUCCAAAGCUAUUCCUUAUUGCCGUCUGGAACCCUGAUGCUUUUUGGAAUGAGCGCGUGCGGCAGGAAGGCUCUGACUCUGCUCAGCAGUGUGUUUGCGGUAUGUGGUUUGGGGCUCUUAGGAAUUGCUGUGAGCACCGACUACUGGCUUUACCUGGAGGAGGGAAUCAUCCUGCCCCACAAUCAGACCACCGAAAUCAAAAUGUCGCUGCACUCUGGUCUCUGGAGGGUCUGCUUUUUGGCAGGUGAGGAGCGUGGCCGGUGUUUUACUAUAGAAUACGUCAUGCCCAUGAACGUCCAGCUGACGUCUGAAUCGACAAUCAAUGUUCUAAAGAUGAUUCGUUCUGCUACUCCUUUCCCUUUGGUCAGCCUCUUUUUCAUGUUCAUCGGGUUUAUACUGAGUAAUAUUGGACACAUUCGGCCUCACAGAACCAUCCUGGCCUUUGUAUCGGGAAUCUUCUUCAUUCUGUCUGGUUUAUCUCUGGUUGUGGGGCUGGUGCUGUACAUAUCCAGCAUUAACGACGAGAUGCUGAACCAGACCAAGGACUCGGAGACUUACUUCAGUUAUAAAUACGGAUGGUCAUUUGCCUUCUCUGCUAUCUCUUUCCUUCUCACAGAGAGUGCUGGUGUGAUGUCAGUCUACCUGUUCAUGAAACGAUACACUGCCGAGGAGAUCUACAGACCCCAUCCCGGCUUCUACCACCCCCGUCUUAGCAACUGCUCUGAUUACUCAGGGCAAUUCUUGCAUCCUGAUGCCUGGGUGCGCGGACGCAGCCCCUCCGAUAUUUCCAGUGAUGCAUCUCUCCAGAUGAACAGUAACUACCCUGCCCUGCUCAAAUGUCCUGAUUACGAUCAAAUGUCCUCCUCCCCAUGUUGAAUGGCAAUUAACCCCAUUGCCUACUUGGGAUUAAGAGGAAGCAGCUGUUGUGUCCUGACUCAGUUUGUCAUUUUUAGGCCACUCUUUCAGGACAAUCCUCUAUUUAUAUGAUCAUAAAUGGUGUUAAUUGUUGCCUAGAGCACAUGGUAGUUUGUUGGGUUUUUUUUUAAAUGAUACUUACCCUGCAUAUCUGAAAUACAUCUAAGGUCCUGAUCAUCCAGCCAUUCCACACCCCAAACAAGUAGUAGCUUCGGAUGUGGAAUAGAUCCAGGAUGGGGCUUAGAAAGGGUUUGAUAUCAAAGAACCCCCAGUAGCAAAAAAUGCAUUUCAUGAUAGGUGGCACAAGCUUGUGUGUUUGUAUCACUUUGCUGUAGAUUUAUUGGCAUGAACGAUACAUGUAAAUUUCUAAGUAAUGGUAUUAAUUAAAGUACAAAUUGCAUCUUGAUUUGACAUUCACAAUGGUGGACCAUUGUUGCUGCGUAUCAUUUCUAAGUAGGCCAUAAUGAUCAAUAGCCAUCCCUCCCAACUAUACCUCAGGGGAUUUUCAGAGGUCUAAAAUUAAGUUAGGUUCCCAUUGACUUUCUAUGGGAGCCAAGACAUUCAUUUAGGGCCUUUGGCAAAUCACAUCCAAAACCAUUCAUGUUAGACCUCCCUCCAAUAUGAAAAUGUUUGACAUCAGAAAGGCAAAUUCUUGAAACAAAGGGUCAGAUUCUCUGCUGGUAUAAACUCUGUGGAAGUCAGUGGUGCUCUACUGAUUUCCCACAACUAAAGAUCUGGCCCAAAUUUUAUAUUUUACAGAAAAUGGUAUACAAGCUUGAUUAAUUUUGCUGUGUACCUUAGUUGGGGACCUUGUCAUUCAUGAAAAAGUCAAUGUUAUUACACUUUUUGGUCUUGGAGGACUGAGAGCUACCAGGAGGUGAAUAUCAGUCCAUUUCUAAAUUAAGUUUGGGGAACUGAAGGUGAAAAUCUAUGUACAGUACUGUUGUAAAAAACCACAAGAUUACUGAAAGAACUGUGUCCGAACGUAUGGUUUCUACUCUUGUUGUUUUACUGCCUCAGAAAAUGUCAGCAUCAGAAAAUCCUGCAGGUGUUUUUUGUAUAUUAUAUUUUAAUUUAAAGUUAGAUUGUACUAAAUGUAAUGCGCUGACUUUCAACCUCAUUACAAUGUAUUUGUAAUGACCCUUGUACUAUUUUAUCAUUAUUUACAAAAUAUUCCAAAAUAUGAUCCCAGUUCUGUAUCAGGAUCCAAUUGCAAAGACCCCUGUGCCCACUGAGUUCUGUGAGGCCUCUGCACAGAUUUAUGGGUCUGUGCUUGCCAAUCUGAUGAAGUAUCAGGGCUAAUUUUGUCCACUUACUCCAGAUAAGAAAUGUAAUGUAUAUAUUGUCUCCUUUACUCCUGGAUAAUUUGCUUCGUUUUAAACCAGGGCAUCAUUUUGUACACUCCAGAAUUUGUAAAUAAGGUUAUAUUUAUCUGUAAGUUUUUAUAUUCUCUCCCUUAAGGCAUCUGUUUUUCAUUUUAAAAAUAAUUUAUAUAUUUAUGUAAUAGAUUUGUUUUUAGGCAUAUUUAAGCAUUAAAAAACAACAACAGAACCCUUAAAUUAGAGUUUGACAUUCAUUACUUAUAAAUAGAAAAUGACCUGCUCAGUCCAAAUGGAGGGUUUAAAAGCUGAGCUUCUUUUACUGUGUGGUGUUGCAAUGUGCAAACGUAUAUGCUCAUUGUCAGGAAAACAUCCCUUUCAGAACCGUUAUUAAGCAUGUGCUUAAAUUCCAUCCAAGUCCCAUUGGAUGGGACUUCUUCAUGUGCCUAGUGUACUCUUGAAUAGACAUAGACUUAAGCACAUGCUUAAGUGCUAUUGUGAAUCAAGGCCACAAGUAAUCUCAUAGAUGUCAGUGGGACUACUUAUGUGAUAAAGUUUUCUGUGUGUAUAAGAAAAGGGCCAGGGCUCUAUCAGGGAGCCAGGCUAUAAUCAGGUAGAUUAAUGAUUCAUGCCUUUGCCAUUUUGCCAACUGUUCAGUUUUCAGACUUUAUUUUUCAAUCUUGUGAAUGUUUGGUUAGCCUCUCAGUGUGCGGAGAGCAUUUAGGCUAGAACUGUUUUUACCAAGACAAUGUUUAUAAAUUGAUUUUAAAUAAGUUUGGUGGUAUUUACAGCUUAGAUUCUUUUUUUCCAGUUAACCAAGAACAGUGCAUGAUGGGAAAUAAUUUACUUUUUUUUUAUUUUAAUAAUCUCAAAAAAACCCCAAAACCGCUGUGUCCACAUUGGUCAGAAUAAGUGCCAGUUGAACAACACUGCAUGGGAAUGGCUUGACACCACUGGCCAUCAGUUUCAGGAGUGAUCUACCAUGCAGUCGAUUCUCCAGUUUCCUUUUAAUUCACUCCAACUCCUCUGCCUUGGAGCCUAGCAGCUGCUGAUUUUUAUGUUACCUGACCCUGGUAAAGAAUAAUGGGGGCAGGCGAGGAGGAAAGAAACCAUCGUGAUUGCAAAAGGAGUCUCUCUCCCAUCUAAGCGGCUUAAAGCCCGGAAUAAAUCAA